AUGAACGAAGCACAACCUAUAGAAAUAUCAAAACAACAGCACAAUGCUUCAACAGUUGAAGCCAAAGGAACUAAUAAUGUGUCUGUAGUAUCCUUACUACCAUCUACGGUAAUAGAAAAUGAGCAAAAACUGGCACCUCCCACAGCACAGAACCCGAACAAGAAAGAGAAACAGAAGGAACAGGAACCUAAGGACCAACUAAUAACAGAAGAGGCUGAGUUAGUAAAUAAUAACGAACCUGCAGAUAUAGAACAAGACAAGACACCAUUCUAUAAACAAGUAUUGAUGAAUAUGGUAUAUGAAAAAUACUCAUGUGAAGAGCUAGGGUCGAUUUGGUCUAAAGUCAUAAUCAAAUACAUGUAUGAAAAGCAAAAUGAGUUCGAAGAGGUAAGGAGGUUAAUAGAAGAAGUAGAAUCAGCAAUGAAAGAAGAACUACCAAGCUUCCCAAAGAGAAUGCUUCAAGAAAUUCUAAACGUGAUACUAUUUGACCUACCUAUUACAGACAGAAGAUUAACUAAGCCAACUGUUUAA